AUGAGGAGUAAAGGUGGAGGUAGCAGUGGUAAUGGUGGGGGUGGUAAUGGUGGUAGUAGGGCUAGAGGUAAUAAUGGUAGUGGUGGUGGCAAUAGUAGCAAUGGUAGUGGUGGAGGUGGUGAUGGCAAAGGCGAUGGUGGUAAAGCCAAUGGGAGGCAGCCAAACCACAUGUGGCGGGAGAGGAAGGCCUGGCAAUGUGUGUCACAUGGAAAUGUGUUGACCAUGGCUACACUUGUCAUCUGGGUACUAGACUCACCCAGCAGCAGCAUUGCUCGAGCAAGAGGGCUGUUGAGAGAUUGGCGAUCAAGCAGCCACAGAAAAACUAUAACCAGACGAGAUUCUGAUCGAGAAAUUUGGCUAUGGCUUCCAGUGGCGCUUUAUGCUCCGUUUAAAUCUGGCCCUUGGAGGCGCUCUGGCCGCCUGCCCGAGCGCGGUGAGGGAUGUGAGGCGAUGCAAUCGCGCUUGCCGGGCUUCGCGCAACAAAAGGCAAGCAUAAUAGCUGGUGCUUCCUAG